AUGACUCUAAAUCCAGUCUGCGAGAAUGUGGAAACAUCAGAAGGUGUUCCUUUAACUGUGACAGGUGUGGCACAAGUCAAGGUGAUGCGGGAUGACAAACUGCUUGAGGCAGCAUGUCAACAAUUUUUAGGGAAAAAACAACGAGAUAUUCAAAACACUAUACUUCAAACGAUGGAAGGACAUUUAAGAGCUAUACUUGGCACUUUGACAGUGGAAGCCAUCUAUCGU